UUGUGUGUCGAGGUUGAUAUUAAAUACGUACACGGGAAACAUUUUACUUAAAACUCACUAAUCGUACAAUUGGUCCCUCGUUCGAAUCCCCAAACUUGGUCAGACUCCAGGAGAGCAAAAUUGCUUUUACGAUCAGGGGCCACGGGGUUCAAUUCCCUCCGCUCUCCCCUGCGACAUUUGAUUACCUAACGCUCCGCAAAUUGCGAGCCUCUGGAAACUCUCGCACAUAAAUUAUUCACAGAAACAUAAAAUUCUCCACUCGUCGCCGCAAUUGAUCUGUUAUUUGUUGAAUGAUUUAGAAUGAGGAACCAUAACAGUACGAACGGCAAGGAGAUUUGGGGAUUCGAGCUGAAAUUAGGAGCGCAGAACACGAAGGUGCUUCUCGGAUUGGACGGUGGCACAACUUCCACUGUUUGCGUUUGCACGCCGGUUCCAUCGCGCAAUGAACAAGUACCAGAUCCUCUCCCUUUACUCGCCCGAGCCAUUGGCGGAUGCUCCAAUCAUAACAGUGUCGGAGAAACAGAAGCAAGACAAGAAAUGGAGGAGGUUAUGGCAGAGGCACUCAAGAUGGCUGGCUGUGGCCGCUUAGCUGUUAGAGCAGUAUGUGUGGCUGUCUCUGGUGUCAAUCAUAUGAGCGACCAGCAUCGGAUGACCCAAUGGCUUAGAGAGAUUUUUCCAGGUGAAGUGCAAUUAUAUGUCCACAAUGAUGCUGUUGCAGCUUUGGCAAGUGGAACGUCAGGGAAGCUUCAUGGUUGUGUUCUCAUUGCGGGCACUGGAUCAAUAGCAUACGGCUUUACUGAAGAUGGUAGGGAAGCUAGAGCAGCUGGUGCAGGCCCAGUUCUGGGUGAUUGGGGCAGUGGUUAUGGAAUUUCUGCUCAAGCUCUAACUGCAGUAAUACGGGCACAUGAUGGUCGUGGACGACCUACAUCACUCACUUCUGCAAUUCUACAGAAGCUAAAGUUGUCAACCCCUGAUGAAGUGAUUGGAUGGACUUAUGCAGAUCCUUCUUGGGCUCGUAUAGCUGCACUUGUUCCAGUGGUGAAGGCUUGUGCUGCAGCAGGGGAUGAAGUUGCAAAAAGUGUUUUGCUUAAAGCCAUCCAGGAGCUUGCCGAAAGCAUUAGAGCUGUUGUUCAGAGACUAAAUUUGUGUGGGAAAGAUGGAAGAGAGGCUUUUCCACUUGUGAUGGUUGGUGGUGUCCUUGAAACUGAUAAUGGAUGGGAUAUGGGCAAAGAAGUUGUUGGAUACAUCUCUAAGGAAUUUCCUGGCGUUCUUCCAAUUCAACCCAAGGUUGAGCCAGCUGUCGGUGCAGCAAUGUUAGCAUGGAAUUGUUAUCUCAAGGAAAGGCUAGAAAAUAGUACACCAAAACUCAAAUGAUACAAGAUCAUUAAUUAGAAGGUUGUAACACUAAUUUAUAACUUAAGAAAUUGAUAUUGAAUAAAAUUAAUGUCAAAUCUAUUGCUCUCAAAGGUAAUUAGUGAUAUUUUUUAGUUGAUAAUGUUACUCAUUUUUUGGUCUUGUGAGAAUGGCAUUCGUGACAUUCUGAUUUUUAGCUGAAAAAUUGUGACAAAUUGUAAAUUUUUUACAUCCUUUUUAACUUCAUGAUCUUUGAAGUUCUA